GGCGUAGAGGGCAGACAGGCAGGAAGCAGUUAGCGAGCCUAUCGAGGAACCGAAGAUGAGAGUGGGGGAGCGAUGGGUGGACCCUUCAUCUGGUAGCUUGGCUGCUGUGUCUGUCAUGCAUUAGAGAUUUAUUUGUGGUCGUCAACUCGCGAGUGUGGACUGGGUCGGCUGGGGGACUGAGCAUGAAGUCAAAGAUGGUGCAUGCGAUGGAGUCACUGUACCCACACACGUCCACGCACACACCUAAUGCUGCCUACAUCACCAGAUCGUCUUCAAUGAGAGCCCGUCAGUCUACAAGGGCCCUUGUCGAGUCACUAUGCCCGUCAUUGCCGCCUCCCUCCUGUCCACCCUCGCCCAUACCCUCGGUCACACCCUCCCGCGACCCCCUUGGCCGCCUGCGACGGGCAGACUCUCCCUGCGCACAUAACACGACCACACAAGGACAUUGACAUGAGAGCGGUGGGUGCAUCCUACCUCGUCUGCCGUGGUGGCUGUGGUGGUUGGGGUGAAUUCGGGGUUGGUCCAGUCGAGCUCGGGGCACUCGAAGUGGUUGUCGAAGUCUACGAUGUCCACAUACCUGCAGACGACCAUCGACACGCAACACAUACAUACGAUGGGUCGGGCAGGCAUUCAGACGGAUGGUUGUGCGUUUGUAUUGUACCUCUCGCUGGAAAUGUAUUCUCCGGCCGAGUCGAUGACGUCUUCACCGAUGUGCACGCGGCUGGCAGACACCGAUGACCAAUCGCCACGGCUGCCCGCGUAGCACUGCAGCCAGAGAGGCAAGCCAACAGACACACAGGCGCGGAUGGCAUUCUGAGAAGAUGUCUGUCUGUCUGUCUGCAAGUCCGUCUUACUUUGAGAGCGGGCUGUCCCUCCGGCACCUUCUCUGCAUCAAGCUGCAGCCACCCCAGCAUACACACAGCACCAUACCAUACAGGUGCCUGCCUGGCUGCAUUCUUUCAUCAGUCACUCACUGACCAUAAACACGGCUGCGAAAUUGCAGUUGGCCGUGAGCCUGUCGGCGAUGGCCUUGCUCACGACGUUCAUGGUCGUGGUGGCGUCGGCAUUCGCCUGGUAGUACCCACACAGCGUCACGCCCUCCUGCUUGCAGUACUGCUCUAUCUGCCACACACACACACACACACACACAGAGGAUUCCCGACAUACAUCCUGUGUCGCCUGUGCGCUUGUUUGGUGCUUGCUCCUGACCAGUGAGAAGGCCACUUUGAGCAAUGGCGGUAGGAUGGAGGUGUGAAAGAGGGGAAAUGCAUCGGUGUAGGUGACCUCCCCGCCCUUGCCUUCGCUCCUGCCCACGAGCACCCCGCCCACAGUGCUGCACGAGUACUUGCUGGCGUGGGAGAGGAUCUUGCUGUACGCUGCACUGCUGAACCGAUAGCUUCGCUCAGGCAUUGAUGCAGAUGAUGUGCAGAUGUCCAAGAAGCAGAGAUCUCGGGACAGAGAUCUCGGAACUUCUGUCUGUCAGACGGUCCUAUGCUGCUCAGGAGGUGGAGUGGAGUCGUCCAACAGCACCUCAAAUGCCC